AACGUAAACUCUGUGCAAGCGACCGAAAUAACUCCGGAAAAAACCCGUCCGUUUGUGUGCGUUGCUAUAUUUUGGAAAGACGUUGAGCGGAAGUGACCCUGCCAUUUGUUGUAUUUUCAUUUUGUAAUGCCGCCGCCGCUGCUCGUCACAUGGCACUUUAUCUUCACGUUUCUCGCCGCAAAUUGAGAACAUGAGUAAUGGUUCAAACCAGAGGACUUUGUUCCAGACUUGGGGCGCUGCGGUUCCACAAAAUCAAUGUGGUCAACCGAAAAAACGUGGCGACAAAGCCGCUGGACGGCGCAGGACAACCCCGGGCGACACGGCUCAGGUCGCUGCAACACACCCUCCUCCUCCUCCUCCUCCUCGCAAUCCUCUGUGGGCUGAAAUAGGUCAGGGGUCCUCACACGCACCAGAGACCCCGGUGGGGACAGAGGAGCCCACACCCGCUUAUGCAGAUGAAGAUGACGAUGAUGAUCUUAUGGUGGUUGCUGUCUACGAGGCUGAGAAGGGCCUGCAACUUGAAAAUGAAAAUGCAAACUUGUUUCAAGAUGACAACCGUGUGGGAGCAGAGGGCAGUGCCCUCUCUCCUGCCCCAUCAGGUGGGCAGACAUAUCCAGACUUCCCUGGCUUUGACAGUUCCUCGGCUAGAGUAUGGAUCUACCCCACCAACUACCCCAUCAGGGAGUACCAGCUGAGGAUAUCAGAGGCUGGCCUGUUCCAGAACACACUGGUGUGUCUGCCCACCGGUCUGGGGAAAACCUUCAUAGCCGCUGUGGUCAUGUACAACUUCUACCGCUGGUAUCCAUCGGGGAAGAUCGUGUUCAUGGCUCCCACCAAACCCCUGGUGGCACAACAGAUCGAGGCCUGCUAUAAAGUGAUGGGGAUCCCACAGGCGCACAUGGCUGAGUUGACAGGCAGCACAGCGGCAAAACAGAGACAGGAGGUGUGGAGGUCCAAGCGCGUCUUCUUCCUCACCCCCCAGGUCAUGGUGAACGACUUGUCCAGAGGCACCUGCCCAGCCCUGCAGGUCAAGUGUGUGGUGAUCGAUGAAGCCCACAAGGCGCUGGGCAACCACGCUUACUGUCAGGUGAUCAGACAGCUCGGCACUCAGACUCUACAAUUCCGCAUCCUGGCCCUGAGUGCAACUCCAGGUGGAGAUUCAAAGUCGGUGCAGUCGGUGAUCUCUAAUUUGCUGAUCUCUCACAUUGAGCUGCGUUCAGAGGAAAGCCCAGACAUCCAGGCCCAUUCCCACCAGCGCAUCGUGGAGAAGAUGGUGGUUCCUCUUGGAGAGGCCCUCUCUGCUCACCAGGCGCGCUACCUGCAGGUGCUGGAGAAAUUCAUGUCUCGUCUGGUCCAGAACCGAGUGAUGGCUCACCGAGACCUGAGGACGCUCACCAAAUACCAGCUCAUACUCGCCAGGGACCAGUUUCGUAAAAACCCACCACCGAACGUCAAGGGUCCUCAGCAGGGAAUGCUCGAGGGAGACUUUGCCCUUUGCAUCAGUUUGUACCAUGGCUAUGAGCUGCUGAUGCAGAUGGGGCUACGCUCGCUCUUCUUUUACAUCCAGGGAAUCAUGGAUGGAUCCAGAGAGAUGUCCAGGGCGAGGAAUGAGUUGCAGAGGACUCCCACCUUCAUUGACCUCUACCAUGAGAUGGAAGCAAUGUUUGUGAAGCCAUCUGCUGGUCCAGAUGAGUCAUUCAUUUACAGUCACCCCAAACUGGAGAAGCUGGAGGGGGUGGUGCUGCAGCACUUCAUACUGUCAGCCGAGAGCUCCACAGACAAUGAUGCUCUUGGGGCAGAAAGCACACGCGUGAUGAUCUUCUCAUCUUUCCGGGAAAGCGUACAGGAGAUCGCAGACAUGUUAAACCGCCAUGCACCGAUGAUCAGGGUCAUGACCUUUAUGGGCCAAGCCUCGGCUGGAAAGGGGGUCAAAGGCUUCACCCAAAAGGAACAGCUGGAGGUGGUGCACAGGUUCCGUCAGGGAGGCUUCAACACACUGGUGUCCACCUGUGUGGGGGAAGAGGGGCUGGACAUCGGAGAGGUGGACCUCAUUGUUUGCUUCGAUGCACAGAAGAGCCCCAUCCGCCUCGUGCAGCGGAUGGGACGUACUGGACGUAAGCGGCAGGGACGCAUCGUUGUCAUCCUGGCAGAGGGGCGUGAGGAGAGAACCUACAACCAGAGCCAGAGCAACAAGCGCAGUGUGUACAAGUCUAUCACCGGCAACACAUGCGGGUUUCACAUGUAUCCCAACAGUCCCCGCAUGCUUCCGGAGGGGGUGAAUCCCACCCUGCAUAAGAUGCACAUUACUUGUGGCCAGUUUGACCACCGGGAAAGCGGCAGGGGGUCUGUCGGGGGUAGACGGUCCCACUCUGAGAGACGGACCUCACUCACCCACCCUCAAAACCUGAUUCGGCAGGGCAGGGCCACAAGGGAUGGGUUCCUGUGCAGUACAGAAUAUUCCCUGUGGGCGUCCACCAUGAGGCUGGAGGAGAAUGAAGCUCAUCCGACCCUGAAGCAGUCAAACUUCAUGUCCAUAGAGAGUGAUCUACCGCCUCAGGGGGAGGAACUUAACAAAACGGGACCCCCGUCCAGAGUGCUGUCUCUGUGGGAAUGGAGGCACUGGCAGCACAAAGUGCUGCCCACCCACAUUGUUGAUCAUUCCCUCCGUUGUCACCACUUCACGACGGUGAUGGCGCUCAUAGACGGCAUGAGAGAGGAAAAUGAGGGGGAGUGUCAUUACGAAGAGGAGCUUCUUCCUUACCGCCACAAAGCCGAUUCUGUUGGCCAAGAGAAUUACGGACUGAAGAAGCAGAAGCGCGCAAAGACCUGCAGUAAAACCAACAACAAACCCAAAGUCUCUCCCUCUACUACACUUUCUGACGUGGAGUGUAUCAACAAGGAAGCACACAGGAAAAAAACACAGAAAGCAAGUUUAGUUUCCACAUCGGCUGUGACAAAAAAAAGACUUGAACAUCAUACUGAAGCAUCCUAUGACUUCACAGACCCCCCUGGACCAGAGGCUAUUUGUCCUCUUCCUUCAAAAAAUGACUGUCCAGAGGCCGACAUGGACGACGACUGUGCCAUUAUUAAUGAAGAGCCUAUAGAUUCAGACAAUAAUACACAGCAGAGAAGGGCGCUUGAUGAAGAUGAUGUUGAACUUCAGGCCAUGUUCUACCUUCCCAAAUGGGACUCAGCUCCUCCUCCCUCCUACGCCAAACCCCUGCCAGAGAGAUAUGAAAGUCUAAAGUUCAUCCUGGCCAACGUGGCAGAGCUCCUGUCACGGUCUCCACCGUCACCGCCCGCAUGUUUAGAGGCUGACAUGGCCGCUCCGUCUCUUCCUCCCUCUAAUCUGUGGCCUCCUCAGCCAUUCCAGGUCAGCUUUACCCUGGAUGUGGACGAUGAUGACAAUGAAGAAAUGAUGAGUGACGCUGACGGUGCCUCUCCAACGAACUCAUACCAGCCUCCAGUGGGUGAAGAGGACAGCAAAACCUGUAAUGAUUGGCCUCAUCGUGAGCAGCAGCCUGUCCGUACAGCAGCCGACAGUCCGACCUGGGAUGAGGUUUUUGGGGACGAAGAGGUAAACGAUGAUCGUCACACUGGGGAAGACAGCAAGGAGACGGACGCUGAAAUGUACCGUAACUUCAAGAGUGAACUGAUUGCUGAGGAAGCUGGGAGGGAUAAGGAAACAGAAAAUGAAAACACGAGCGAGGUAAAGGGCGGCUGGUUGCCUGGAGGUGUAAAAAACAACAGGGCCUCCCAGAGCAUCUCUCUCAUGGAUGACAGCAUGGAUCUGUUUGGGGAUGAUGAAGCCUUCCUGCAGAUGACCAUACCAGACAUCUCCACUCCAGGCAUCACACCCAGGACAUCCCCCUGUGCCGGUGACAUCUCCAUUAGCACAGAACAGAUUUAUGACACUUCACAAAUGUACAAUUCAACACGCCCGACUGAGCACACAGCAGACACGGUGCAAACAGAUGAAUUAGCAUGCACAAAACACUUAUCUCGUUCUCUCCACGCCGAGCAGAUAACUGAGGGUGCAGCUGCUUGUAACACUACAAAAACGUACACACACACAACGGCACCCAGCGACCCAGCUGGGUUCAUUGCAGCUCCUCCUAAACCUCCCACAGAGUCAUUUGAGAGUUCCCAUGACUACUUCCCUGUCAACUUUGACCUUGGCUAUUCACUCGUGGACUCCGAGGAUGAUGCCGGCACAGAGGCUCCUUCUCCCCCAUGUAUGUUGACCUCUCCACGGCCUAAAAAGCAGUCAGCUGACACCCUGGUGUCCUUGCCAACCGUCUCCAACUCUUCCACUCCCCACAACAGCUUCACAACACAGAGAAGGCCCGCACAGCGCAGUGAAUCUAAACUGUCCACGCCACAAAUGUUACCAGAGCAGAGGAACAGAGAAAUGUCCCCACUUCUGACUUUGACGUCUAAAGACGGGGCUCUUCCAUCUCCAAUCACGUCGGCGGGAGCAAGGAGGACGCUCAUGCCUGGUCUAGCAAGGCCUCACGCGCCGUCUUUACUCUCCAGCUCCAAGCGGAAACGAUCGGCGGGUCCCACCUCUGACUACAAGAGAGGGUCGGCUGUGGGAAACGAGUCACGCCUUGAAUCUGUCUGUGUGUCUAACUCCCUUCCUCGUCCAGUGGUGUGCAACAGUGACAGUGACGAUGAAGUUGUGAUCCUCAAGAGAAGACCUCAGAAUAUGCUCAACCCCUUGUCAUCCCCAGAAGUGUCGAAGAUCAGUGACGUAGACUCUCCGGUGGUCGUGAACAGGAAACUUGCAGCUCCACUUAACACUUCUGAUGAAACGGACGGCGGAGCUGUUUCCGACGAUGAUUUCCAGAAUGAGAGCGUGUUGACACGCAGAACCGCAGCACAGGGGGCUGAGGGGAAACGAGCCCAACGGGCCAAAGCCAAGUCCGCGGGGCAUCAAAACGGGCGUCAGUUCCUGCAGGAAGAAGCGGAGCUGUCAGAGGACACGAGGGGGGCAGACAUUUCAUCUGAUGAGGAGGACGGAGAGGAACAGAACCAGUCUCUUGAUGGAUUCGUGGUCGACAGCACACAGUUCUCCCAGGGACUCAAUGACUCAGAGAUGCAUGGAGUUUACCUGAAGUCUGUGAAAAGCCCCGCAGUCCAUGGCAAGUUCAAAAUGUCUUACAGACACCAUCUCGACAACGUCUUUUCCCAGGUGCCUGAGAUGGAUGAAACGUACGCGGAGGACAGCUUUGUGGUCGGCAGUGAGGUAGAGGAGGUGGAGAGUGGCGAGGACGAGGCCGAGGACAUAGAGCUCAUGCCGGAGGACUCGUACAUGGACGGUAGGAGGCAGUAUGCCACACGGCGGCGAGUUUUCCUGCACAAAGUCAGAGAAAGAGUGGGAUUUGGCACCAAGACCGUGGCUGGAGCUGCAUCAGAGCAGGGGACUGAGGUGAAAACCAAACGAACGCGGAUCAUACGCAUUAAUGAUUCGAGUGAUGAGGAGACAGGUGAAGUUGAUAAAGAAAGAAGUGUUAUAGCAAGGGGGGGUGUUGCCGUCACCUUGCGCCAAAAGGAAGCACAGCUAGAGCCCAGCAGGCAUCAUCAGCAGCAGAGAGCCCUCUCCUCCUCGUCUUCAACCAUAGCGUCCAAGGUCUCAUUGUUGAGUAAAGCACAAAGGAGCUCAGAGACUGAAGAACAACAAAAUGAGAGGUGUCUCCAGAGGUUAGAAAAUCAACAUCUCCUCUCCGAUGAGCUGGACUUUGAGGAGGGCGUGUCACUGAAAUCCUCCAGGAAUCAACCCAAGGCAACAACCAGCAACUCCUCUUCAGCUCCUGCGCCCCCGAGGUCCGUCUGUCAGGAUGUGUCGGUCGGCGAGUCCCCCGCGCCGCCCGGCUCUGUUUGCAUUCUGGCGGACAGUCGCUGCAUCAGCACUGGCGUGGAGCUGAUGACCAGCCUGCGUCAGCGCCACGCAGCCACCGUCCACGUCUGCUCCCUGGACGGCAGCUACUUCGUCGUCAGCAACCGCAUGGCGGUGGAGAGGCACAGCCAAUCGGAUCUGGCCGCAAUGCAGAACCGGAAGCGACUGGUCGAAAGAGUGACCGGCUUACAGAGAUUGUUUGAGCGCGUUUGUUUGAUUGUGGAGAAGGAACGAACCAAGCCAGGUGAAGCGGCACGUCCGUUUCAGCGAACGCGUUACUACGACAGCACGUUAACGGGGCUGGUGCGCUCCGGGGUCCGCCUGCUGUGGAGCGACGGUGCCGAGCAGAGUGCUGCCGUGCUGGCAGACCUGGCGCGGCUGGAGCAGCGCAAAGGCCAGGGCAUCGGUGUCCCGCUCAAGGUCAAAGGGCAGCACAGGCAGCAGGCCCUGCAGCUGUACCUGAACCUGCCCUCAGUCAGCUACGUCCAUGCCCUCAACAUGAGCCACAACUUCAGCUCCAUCGCCCAACUCAUGAACAGCUCCGUUGAAGCCAUACAAAAGGGAGGCUGUAUGAGUCCAUCCAGAGCUGAGGAGAUCUACCGCUUCCUGCGCUACCCUUGUGACACUUUCCUCAUGAGCACAUGAAAAGCAGGAAAAUCCAGUUUGCAGACAGCGAACCUUCUCCACAACACAAAGUGUCUUCACUUUUCUUUGCCCUUUGUUUUUCAUUACUUCUACGAUGUGAGAAGCGCCUCGGGAUAAUGGACAAUAAUCAACCUUUUUGCACAAGUCAAAGGGGAACCCCUCUCAACUCGAUGUAAUAUAAUACGAUGGGUUUUGCCGACAUAACAUUACUAUGUUUCAUUUCCCUCGAGACUCAUACUGGCAGUGAACUGGCAGCUAAACAACCCUGUGAUCAUAACAACCUCAUCUAUAUUCAACACUUGAAUUAUUUAUUUCUACUAAGAUAAUGGAUACAUUUGUUUACAGAUUUGCUUUAUACAAAUAUUGUUUCUUAAAUAAAAAAACAUUUUUGUACAUGA